GAGAUAGCAGCCUGUGCCGGUGCCGAGUUGCCCGCCGUUUCUCCGUCGCCGGGCAGGGCCGGGAGCUGCGGCUCCUGGCAGGCCAAGCGGGUGUCGCCCGGCGCGGGCUCUUGUCAGGGCCUCUCGGGUCAAAGACCCCUCCGCCCCGGGCGGGGACACGGCCUCUGGGCCGGACAGGAACCAUGUGAGCAGCACUCUUGCUGCCCAUAAGGAGAGCGGAGAGGAAACCACCCACGCCUGCUGCCGACGGGGAACGAGCUGUGGGAACCGGAAAGAAUCGCCAGGAAUGCCCUGUUAUCCUCUGGGCCGGUUGUCCGCAGGGCCUUGGGGCUGGGUGUUGGGCUGGCAGCUCACGGAGAGUCACCAAGCCGUCAUUGCACGUAAUAAAUGUGUGCUGGUCGCAGGGAGGAGGUGAUGGACAGACACACGGCUCCGGCCAGGCCGCAGUGCUGCGGAUCCCGCACCCUGUGGAUCAGAUGUCGUGAACUGUUUCUGGCCUGAGCUGGUUUUUCAGUGCUUCAGGAAGCAUGGAGCACCAAGCGUCCAUCAUGUCUGACUGGGUGCUCCUUGGGCUGAUUGCUGCACUGGUCAUGCUGCUGCUGCUGACUGUCUUUGGUUUCGUUGUCUACUCGGGGCUCUUCACGGAGGUGGUUGUGAGUGCUGGCUCCCCACCUGUCGGCAGCAUCACACUGGCCUACAAGUUCAGGGUAGGCCCCUAUGGUGAAUCGGGGCAGCUCUUCACGGAUGGCUGCAGCAUCUCUUCAAAGCUCUGUUCCAUUGGCAUCUACUAUGACAACCCUCACACGGUGUCUCCAGAGAAGUGCCGCUUUGCCAUAGGCCGAAUUCUGAGCGAGGGAGAUGCAAAGCCAUCGGAGGAGCAGAUCAAACGGUUCCAGAAGUAUGGCUUCAAGAUCUUCUCCUUCCCUGCUCCCAGCCAUGUGGUCAUGGCAACCUUCCCAUUUACUACACCACUGUCCAUCCAUCUAGCAGUCAACCGUGUCCACCCAGCCCUUGACACCUACAUCAAGGAGAGAAAGCUGUGUGCCCACCCCCGGAUCGAGAUCUAUAAGGAGGACCGCAUCUACUUUGUGUGUCCCCUUGCCCGCCAAGGGGACUUCUACGUGCCUGAAAUGAAAGAACUGGAGAGGAAGAGCAGGGCUACGGAGGCAGAGGAUGCCCAGACAGAUAUCACAGGGGCCGACACCAUGAGUGAGACAAGCUCCAUCAGCAUAGAGGCCACGACUGACAGUAGAGACACCUCGGUGGCCACCUCUGUCCUGCUGCCCUUCCCAGCCAGCCGUGGCCGGGAGGAAAUGGACAACCGAAGCGAGCACAGCUACAGUGAGUCAGGAGCCAGUGGCUCCUCCUUCGAGGAGCUGGACCUGGAGGUCACUGGGGACGCAGAGGGAGCCUCAGCCCUACUGCCUAGCGUGGGCUACGUGGGCAACCAGGAGGUCACAGACAAGUGGACCAAGGAGCCCAUCGCUGCUGAGAGAGGAGAGGAGUGAAGUGGAGACCUGUCUGCCUCACCUCCUGAUGGGCUCUGAGUUGCUGGGAACUGAUGUGCUCUCCCACCUCCUUACUCUCCAGCCAAGAGAUUUCAGUCACUGAUUCCCCAUGGCACCCUCUCUCCCCCUUUGCAGAGAGGAUGUUUGACUGUUUCAGAGGCCCCGGGAGGUGAGGGGUGUCCUGCAGUGCUCAGUGGUGCAGGGUAGGUGUAGGCUAGGGGGGAAGCAAAAUGCAUUUGCCGUUUGUGUGUCUUUAGAUGCAUCGCAAAUUCCUCGCAGGUGUUUUGGGAGGGUGGUGGUGGGUCACAGAGGUGUUCCACUUCAUCUCCAUCUCUGCUGGUGCCCCCAUCACCCACAGCUUCUCUGCUGCACCAAAGAGCCAUGAGUAGGGUCACUUGGGUUUGUUCCCCUCUUCUCUUCCCUUUGCUGAAAACUGGAGACAUCCUGUGUAAACCUGGUCCUCCUGGCACUGCCAUGGGCGCUUUUGGGGUCUGUAAUAAAGUGGAUGCUUUUCCUCA